AUGGCAUUGAUUAGUUCAAAACAAAAAACCAGUAUUUUUCGUUUGGUAUUAAUAUUUAUUAUUAUCAUUUCAAUUAUUUUAUUUUUUGCAUACUACAUCGUUACUUAUCAUAAACCAUCGAUUUUGUCUGGAUAUAAAAAACCAUUGGAACUUCCCGGAUAUCCUAAUUUUUCUGUAAAUUGGAAUAAUAAUCCACGUGGUGUUAUUGUUACACUUAUUCGUAGUACGAACCGAUCAAUCGCUCGGGUUAUUAAUAUGAUUCAUUCUGUGAUUUUAUUUCAUUCAACGAAUGAUAAUUUUCAAUAUCCAUUUCUUUUAUUUCAUGACAACAAUUUUACUUUAGCUUUACGUCAACAAAUUUUAUCAUGUGUACGUUAUAAUAAUAAAACAAUACAAAUUUCAUUUGUUCUUCUUAAUUUCGAAACAAAUGUUCAACAAUCGAAUAAAUUCUCUAAAAGUCACCCAUCUGGUUAUCGUUUAAUGUGUCGAUUCUGGUCAUAUGAUGUUUUUUAUCAUCCAGCAAUUGUUUAUGGAAAUUAUGAUUAUAUAAUGAGAAUGGAUGAUGACUCAUAUUUCAUAGAUAAAACUAAUAUCGAUCUUUUUCAAUAUAUAGAUCGUGAAAAAUUAGAUUAUGCUUAUCGAUCAUGGUAUAGAGAAGAUAAUAAUGCAUUAUUUAUUAUUGAAAAAACAUUUUUAAAUAGAACAUUCCCGAGAGUCAAUUGUAUUUAUAAUAAUUUUUUUAUUAUUCGAUUACAAUGGUUUUAUAGAUCGGAAGGAAUACAACGAUAUUUACAUGAAUUUAUUCGAGACGAUUUUAUACUUCGAGAAUAUGUGGGUGAUGGAUGUAUUCAUGCAGCGAUGCUUGAAAUUGAUCAACGAGUAAGAGUAAAACAUUUAACACAAAUUUCUUAUGGUCAUAAUUAUCAUAUAAUGUUACCCAAUCAACAAAGUUAUUUCUUUAAUUAUGUCAAAGAAUUUGAGCAAAGAAUACUAAAUUCAUGUCAUCAAUUAAUAGUUAUUUAUGGUAGAAAGGCUGAAGUAAAACAAGUUACAAUCAAAGAAUAA